AACAUCAUAUUGAUUAUCAUACUGUAAAUUGAUCCAUACGAGAUUGUCUGUCUGACGCAAAGACAAUGAUCUGUAUAAUGAUUUGUACAAGUGAAUAGAGAUUUAUUGCGGCCAACGUCUGUCAGAAAAUGCGCAGCGUUAUCCCCCCCCUGCGCCGCACGCAGACGUCUCCAUGGUUACCGCGUAACAAUAUGGCCGCCGAAUUUACAUGCACCAAACUUGUUUUGCCGCAGAAGUAGUCAUUUUUAAAGAAUCUAUGUCGUUUAUUUCUUGCCUGCGGUUUUUUUAAUUGUUGCCGAGAAUGUCGCGAACACAACUGCCGCCUUUACCGCCGUCUUUAAAUUUGGACCAUAAUGCUGUCAAACCAAGCGAACAAAAGGCAGUGAAGAAGUCUUAUUCAAUCUCUUCGACCAACAUAAGGUACAACCUGCCUGCCGUCACAUCCCUACAGCCAGGUGUGGACACAACUUCUGGAAACCUAGACACCUGGCCUGCUCAUGCUGAAGGUCCAGGCCCGCCAGCAAUUGGAACCGAGCACCCAUCAAGGAAUGCAGAAUUUUUGCCGAAAGGAAACUACAAACCAAAGUUUCUGGGUCAACUAGAAAGUUUUUUGAAGAAGGAGCUUCGAGCGCUUGGUUGCACAGAAAGCAAGCCAAGUGACAAGCGAUUGCAGGCAUUUCGGGAGGUGUUUGAGUAUCUUAUGGAAGAUUUCAAAACAUAUCGUCCCCUGUUAUCAGCAAUUAAAAAUGAAUACGAAAUGAUGAUAAUCCAUCAGAGAGACCGAAUACGAGAACUAGAACCAUUGAAGGCAAUGUUGGUAACAGUUUCUGAGCAAUGUGAUAAAUCAUUGCUGGCAAUGAAAGAAGAAGAGAAAGAAGAUCUGGAAGAUAUGAAGCGGGAGAAUCAGCGGCUUCAAGGGGUUAUUGGUUCGCUCAGAGACAAUGAACUCACUCUAAAUGCACAAGUUGUGAAGCUUCAGCAAGAGUUGGCAGCUGAAUACUUAAAGUAUAGAAACGAAUGUGACGCCAGGAAAAUGUUGAUAGCUGACAUGAACGAUUUGCGAGCUCAGCAAGAAGACGCGAAUAAAAGUUCCAUGUUGGAUACCGAAAGUGUUGACGGGAAGAAAGAGGAUUCAACGUUUCUAAGAAUUGCUUUAAAAAAAGCGCGGGAAGAUAUUGAAAUCAAGAACCAGAAGCUGGCUCAGAUGGAGGCAGACUACGGUGAUGUCGUACCGAGACGAGAUUAUGAAAAACUAAAAGAACAAUUCCAUGCAUUGGAAAGAGACCUAGAAAAAGUUAUAAGAGACCAGGAGAUGUUGAUGAAGGAACACAGCACGCUUCUUGAUGUCCAUCGCAAAACUGAAGAUGAACGUAACGAAUACGCCAGGGAGUGUGAAAGCAUGAGAAGAUGUGCCACGCCGAGACCUCGAUGGGCAAAGUGUGGUCAGUAUAUCGAGGGGGGCGAGGAGAGAUGGAAGGAGAUAUCAGGGGAUAAAACGAGCGAUGAGAUGGUUGAUGUACUGCUUGCUGAGAUAACUGGUACGGAUAUCGCGGUCAUACAAGCUGGCUCGAGUGCGGUCGAGGAAUUCUUCGAGGGACAAGGCCUCGGGGCAAAUAUCCCUAAAUAUCUUCGCUACGAAGGAAAAGUACGCAACAGAAGAAUCAGUAAACGAGAUGUUCUGUUGUUGAUAAAAGACGUCUGGCAAGAAAGACUGUCUUCAGAAAUUGAGACAUCGAGCCCGGAGUACGAGCUUCUCCCCAGUUUCCUUCACUCGUACUUAGACCGUCGUUUUGGCGCGGAAAACCUGACGUUUGAAUGGGCGUACAACGUGCAAGACGCGUGCGUGAGGUACCAGCAUGAUCCCAGGAUUGGCUUGUUUCACAGGAUACUCUCAGGCGAGAUGGAUGAAGCAUUGUACCACGACCAGCGUGCUAUGUUUAAAAAGUUUUCCAAUGCCCUAAUGGCCGCUGAUCCAGGAGAAAGUGACGAUCGGAGCGUUCCAAAACACGUCUUCGAAGGUUGUGUACGACAAUGUUUUCCUCUGUUUGGCGAGCAAGCUAUCGCAGAUUUGAUGAAGCUGGCUGAGACCGAAAUGUCCGGGGAAAAUGUCCUUUACAAAAAUAUAUUAAAAGAAGAUGACGAGGGAGGCGUAACGUUGUUUGUCGAUAAAAUAUUUAAUUUUGAUAAAAUGGAACGAAUGGCUUAUGUGCGAGAGGUUGAAAACAGCUUGGCAGAAAAGAGCGAGGUGAGCGAAGGAGAGCUACGGCAAGCGUUUAUGAAUGUUGAUCCAGGAUUACCCUUGUCAAUGCUGGAUCAAUACGUGAACCGAGCAUUCGGCGAAGAGUCGGCUACGAAAGCCGACGACACAAUGGAUCGUGCAACGGUUAUCCAGAGACUGCAAACUGGCAGCGUACGACGUUUUGCAAGUAAAAGCCAGGAAUAGCGGUAACGAUUCAAUUAUCAUACUGCAAAUCAAAUACGAGAUGUUUUCUAUAUAGUCAUCGAUAUUAUGUAUAUAUGUAAAACAAAAUACUGUAUUUUCAUCCAUUCAUUCAUUUAAUGCAUAUAUAGAAAGGGGACCAGGUCAAGGAAACUCUUCAAUUUCAGAAUGUUUAUUGGUAGGUCAUCUGGCUAGGGUGAAAUGAUUUGGUACCCGAUGUUUCUCGUUAUCAAUCAGCCACCAUUGCAUGGCCAUGGGCUCUUCAAAUUCACAUUAAACCUUUCUCACAUAGCGAGAGUUUUGAAACUGCGACUAUUCGUGGCUCAAUACAGAAAGAAAGUGAAAGCAAAACUUAAAGUGAUUGUAUAUUGUAUAUUGUAUUUGCAGCGUGGCAAUCCUGUUCCCAAGCAAAAAUAAACUUGCCUAGUUGCAGAGUUACCGUCAGUCAUGCACUGCAUAACAAUUCUAGGAAAUUUUGUGUAUGUUCGUGUAAACACUGUAACUUAGUGUUGUUAUACUGAAAAUGCGGAUGUUUUACUGAUUUUACUGUUAUUCGCAUAUAUUGUUGGGGUUUUUCAGCAAUACCGACAUGCCGGAUUUACGAUACAGCCGGCGGAAAUAUUGAUUUCGUUUCGUAAGUCGUAACGACACAAAGGAGUUGAAUUUUCCUGUUGCAUAAUCCUAAUAACCGUCCUCUACUUAUGUUAGCGCGGUUAAGCCGAUAUAGAUAUUUGUUCAGGUAAAUCUACACUGGAAUGUCCUUUUAGAUGAAUAAAGCUUGCUUUUAGUAUUUUUUAUACUUUUCCUGUCAAGAACAUGCUUUUUUAAAGGCUGAAAGCUUCAGCAUACAUGAGUUCUUUCAUUGCAAAUGCUUGCAUCAUAAAAUUCCCAAAGUUAGGCGUUUUCUUGGCGGGGGAAAUAUCAAAAAAAUGUAAACAAAGUAUCUUAGCCCACAAU